CAAGGUCAGGGGUCUACAUCUUCACAUGGUGGUGGUCAGCAGCAGCGCCUGGCGUGAUUCAUGGCGAGUUCGUCAACUGUCCAAGCGCGUUCGUGCCGCCUGUUGUGAAAUGCAGGGGGUGGCGAUACGCGACCCCAAGGCCAUGAUCACUUACCUGUCUAUUCCUCCUCGUACUGUCAUCUACGAGCAUCUACCGGAGAAGCGCAGUGAGAUCGACCCCAUCUUCCGCAUCACUCCCACCGAAGAUGAGAUUGACAAGAUGAGAACCGUCAAGAUGAUGACCCGGGGCACUGCGGACGAGCCGAAGGGCAAGUACCCCGAUGGAGGCGAGUAUGCGGCCAAGACGGAUCUUCAAGUGCUGAUGGAUCUCAUGUCCAAGUGGUCCCCCCGCUCCUCGAAUGAUUUUGUCACUCGGGUGAUGCGGUAUGAGUCUCCCCAGGUGAAAGCCCGGGUUGAGAAACUCUAUUUCCAGGCCAAUUGGAGGGAUCGGUUCACCAAGGCCCGUCUUCUGAUGCAGAUGGGAUGUCUGGAGAAUGAUAUGGAGACGCUGGAGAGCACCUGGGAGCAGAAUAAUCCCCCCAACCCUCCGAAGUACCACACCGUGGAGGAGAGAGUGUACCUGGUAGCGCGGUGGUGUACCCAUCAGGGUAUUCUUCUCAACUUUCUGGUGAACGAAGUGACUGCGGUGAUGGACAGGACUACCCCCAGAAAAACUGCUUGGCCCUCAUUGGUGAAUCCAAUGCGGGCAAGACCUGGCUUGUGAAUUCACUGGUGGAUCUUGCAGUACAUGUGGGUGAAAUCUCCCAAGGCAGCGGAGGUUAUGCCUUCAUGUGGCAGGAGUGUGUAGACAAGCGUAUGAUAGUACUUAACGAACCCUAUCUGGAUGCCUGUGUCAUUGAAAAGGCAAAGAUUGUUCUAGAAGGCCAGGAGACGAUGGUGCCCGUUAAGCACCAGGCGGAGGCUUUCCUUGCACGCACCCCAGUCUUUGCUACUGCCAACCACCCCCUGUGGCGUUUCGCCGUGUCAGAACAAGAGGCCAUCCGCAACAGAUGUUUUGUGUAUGAGAACCUUCGGGCCUUCCCCCUCCUCGCCGACUACAGCCGUCGCUGCCAUCCUCUCGUCUGACGUGCCCUGAGAGAACUUAUAGAGAACGAAGCGGCCAGUGAGCGGUCAUCUUCCCGCGGGUCACCAACGACUGAAGAGGUAUGUUUCGCAGUAUCUCCGCUCGAGUUAGCCAGGCUGCAGAGCCCCCCGAGCCCCCCAAGCGUUCUAAGCCCAUCGCCAUCCAGCGAGUUGACCGACGUCGUGCCAACAACCCCUACGUCCUGCAGACCUGGCCGGGUACCCCCACUAACCUUGCCGCGGGCGCGGUUCAACAUGAUGGACCAGCGGUGGAGCAGCGACGAGUCCGAGCCGGCUUUGUCUCCGACCCCGCCAGACAUUAAACCUGUGUUGGUACCUACCGUUCUUCCUUGUACUUACACCCCCGGCAGUGUGAUCGACUUGUGUUCGUCAGACAGCUCGUCUUCCAUCCCUUGCGGUCAACGCCAACAAGAUGCCCCUUUCCCCGACUCCCCCGAUUUGUUCUCCGAUGAGUCGUCUUCCCUUGGUGGUGACGGUAGCCGCGUGACCACGGCCUCCGAGCGUGCUGACGAGUUGGAGUUGGAGCGGUUGUGUGCUGCCAGCGAAGCAAGCUGCCGACUGUGCGUCUGGCCCCUUCGACCUCACCCCUUCCAAUCUUCCCUCUACCUCUGCCAUGGCCACUCUUCGUGACAACGAACGUCGUGUGCGUGGGAAGGAUUCCCGUACAUACGAUCUUCUCACCGAAGCGUGCAGAGUGUUGAACAACACCUCCCCGGAUAGCCUCCACACCGAAUUCCGCGAUCACAUUGAACUGUAAAGUAGUACUGCGGCCCACAGUUAACCUGAGGUUUAAAGUUGUUUUUUAAAGGGAAAUAAAGUACAGUAACCAUUUUUAGUUAGGGCAGUGACCAUUAUAAUUGUAUAAAUGUAAAUAAAGUUGUGUUGUGUUUAAAAUAAAAUAAAAAAAAUAAAAAAAAUCUCUUAUGCAAAAACCAAUGAAGAGUCAAUGACGCUGAGGUUUUACUACAUUUGAGACCA